GUUUUUUUUUCCUUUUCCCAAUCAUUCCAUUGAAUGUAUGAGUUUAGGUCUUAGGGUUAUUUUCUGAUGAAUAGCAAAAGUAGUAAUUCCCGACAAGAAAUUGGCCAAUGUCGAAAAAGUCAAAUUCCACAUUUUAAUUGAGACAUAAAAGACACAUCACUCAAUACAGUAAAAUAUCUACUUUUAUAUAUUCCCAAAAACCAUUCGGCUUCUGCUUCCACUUCAUCUCUCUCUCUCUCUCCCUUCUCACAUUUCUCUCCACUCAGAUUUCCAAUUCCUAAAGAUAGAGAGAAUGACUAAAAUCUCUGUUGGAUUGCAACUUGUGACAAGAGAUUCGAGGGAAAAACUAAACAAUAUAGUGAUCAAAUCUUCACUGAGACUAAACCGAUCCAAUCCAAACAUCUCGGAGCUUUGUUUCCUUAAAACAUGUCAUCUCUGCAAUAAACAACUCCAUCAAGACAAAGAUGUUUACAUGUACAGAGGAGAUUUGGGAUUUUGUAGUAGAGAGUGCAGAGAAAGUCAGAUGUUGAUUGAUGAUAGAAAAGAACUAGAGGCUUCGACGAAGAUGAUGUUGGCUUCGUACAGACGAUGUAAUAACGGCGCCGGAAAAAGCGAGUCUCGGAAUUUGUUUGAUGAUCUCCGGCGACGACGUCAAUUAUUUAUAGUUCCUUGAGGCUUCUUUAAGCAAUAUCUAAUUAUAGUUUUUUUGGUUACACAUCUUAUGAAAGUUAUUAGUAAAAGAAAGAGAAUUAAAUUGUAUCUCCGGUUGUCAUUUUUCAAAAUCUUAAAUGUUAAUUGGACAGUUUAUGUGGUGAUCUCAUUCUCAGGUGGUUUAAUUACUGAUUUAGUAAAAAUGCUCAUUAAUUAGUUAGGUUA